AUGUCUGUGGACCUUCAAAACAGUAGCCGACCUGAGAAAACUUCAGACUGUGGUCAAAAGAGCAAGUUCAAAAGGAGACGAAGGAGAAGGUGUAUUAGGAAAGAACGCGUCAGCAUGGUAUCAUCCUUUGUAGAUCUGAAGAGGGAAAGUGAACCUUGGAGACCAUCAACAGAAGAUGGGGACAAUUCAAGUACCAGCAGCUUGGAGGUUAAGGAAAAUCGGGAUAGCAGAAACCACACUGAGCGUUCCAUACCAUCAAAACAAACAACAACCAUGCAAAAAGGCUUCCAGAGAGGCAGGACAAGAGGUCUGAAAAGAAAGCAGCCAUUGGUGGAGGGCAAAGACAGGCACCUCUACCAACUCCAUCUGACUUCUAAGCGAACACCCUGGUCGGUUAGUCAGAAGAACGCCCUGGUGCAGCUAAAUGAGCUUCAACCAGGUCUUCAGUAUGAGAUAGUAUCCCAAACAGGACCAGUACAUGCACCUGUGUUCGCCAUAAGUGUUGAGGUCAAUAGCCUCAGGUUUGAGGGGCGAGGACCAACCAAAAAGCAGGCUAAGAUGAGGGCGGCAGAGCUGGCCCUUCGCUCCUUCAUUCAGUUCCCCAAUGCCACCCAGGCUCACGUGACCAUGGGCAACCUCACCAACACCACUUCAGACUUCACCUCCGACCUUGCGGACGUUGCCAGUACCCUUUUCCAGGAGUUUGAUCCAUCCACACCAAAGGACUAUUGCACGACAGGUGUAAAAGAAUCAAUUUCUCCAGUGUAUGACCAUGGAAGAUUAAUGUGCCUCUCUCUGGAUUUAAUGGCCUCAGCGGACCCUAAAAGGCAAAGCAUUGGCUCUACCAUCUUUGAGCAACUGAGUCCAGUGGCUAUAUUAAAUGACCUGCAUCCAGGGUUGAGGUAUGUCUGCCUUACAGAGAGAGUGCAGGGAAGGCCUAUUAGGAGUUUUGUUAUGGCUUUGAGAGUGAGGGGGAGGGUGUUCGAAGGAUGUGGGCGCAGUAAGAAGCAGGCCAGGGCCCAGGCAGCAGAAGCAGCCUUGCAACAGCUGUUUAAUGUCAGCUUGGGGCGGGGCAGAAACUCCUUCGAUCUGGCUGCCUAUGGGACCAAGAGCAGUCAGCUACCUCAGUGCUUUGCAGAGCAAGUAUUCCACAUGGUGAGAGACAAAUACUAUGAGCUGUCUGACAGGUGCUCCUCAACCUCGCACGCCCGCCACAAAGUUCUGGCAGGAAUCGUGAUGACUAGAGGUUUUGAUUGGAGACAAGCCCAAGUUGUGGCCUUGGGGACAGGGACUAAAUGUUUAAGAAGCGGGAACAGCAGUGACCAGGGACUGGCUGUCUGGGAUGCCCACGCUGAGGUCAUUACCCGGCGAGCCUUUGUUCGCUUCCUCUACUCUCAACUGGAACUUCUCCUGGGUGAAAGGCGAGACGACACAGAGGCGUCCGUCUUUGUCCGAGGCCCUGGCCCUGGUCCCGGGUACCGCCUGAGAGACGGCGUCCUCUUCCACAUGUACGUCAGCUCAUCCCCCUGUGGAGACGCUCGCCUCAACUGCCCCUACGAGCUCACGGCUACCCAACCCAGCAGCCACCGAUUGGUAAGGAACUUCCACUGCCAUCUCAGGAUGAAGAUGGAGCCGGGCGAGGGGACACUUCCUGUUAGUGUGAGGCGGUCCAAUCAGACAUGGGACAAAGCACUGGGGGACCAAACUCUUGUUACCAUGUCCUGCACGGACAAAAUGGCCAGGUGGAACGUUCUAGGUCUUCAGGGUUCCCUCCUGUCUCACUUUGUGGAGCCGGUGUACCUCCACAGCCUGACGGUGGGCAGUCUGUGUCACACUGGUCACCUGGGCAGGGCCAUAGGGCGGCGGCUCGGCCAUGUCACCCACCUGCCUUGCCCCUACAGACGUACCCAACUGCUCCUGGGCUGCCUCAGUAGCAGUGAGGGCCGCCAGCCAGGGAAGGCCCUGCCUUCCAGUAUGAACUGGAGCUGGGGUGAUGGAGAGCUGGAGGUGGUCAGCAGCUCCACAGGAAGGAAGGACGUUUCAGGUGUGCCGUCUCGGCUCUGUAAGCACUCCCUCUUCACCCGGUGGCAUAGACUACAUUACAAGCUGAAGAAAGGAGAGUUUGAUGUGGAGACCAAGACGUACUUGGGAGUCAAGAUGGCCGCUAAGACUUAUCAGAGAGCCAGGCAGAAGUUUGUCCUCUCUCUGCAGGACUCAGGGCUAGGAACCUGGGUGAGGAAACCACCAGCCCACGAGGACUUCCAGAUCAGUGUGUGAGUGUCCAGACCCCAUAGUGAUGGAGUGUAGGUCCAUGUUUGUCGGGGUGACUGUGUGUGUGAUCAAGAAAGGGCGAGGAGAGAAAGGGACUUUAGAACGUGUUCAUGUUUGUUGAGUUUGUGUGUCCACAAUAAGAUGAGUAUAUGGCUGUCCCUUCUUUCCAAACUAACAAAAGACCCCAAAGAUGAUCCUGUCUUACAUCUUACCCACAUGUAGUAGUCAUUCAGUCGCACCUGUUGAGUUGUUGACGCAGAUGAGAACACAGGAAAGUAUUAGUCUAGUUAUCUGUGAGAGAAGAGAACUUGGUUUUAGUCAGGUGUGCAAUGUUCAAAUCUGCUGAUUCACACACACUUUAUGAUGAGUCACUAUGAAUCAGCGGGACUGAAGUAAAAGCUUUUAGUGCUCUCAACUCUCUCUCACUGAAACAGCACUGCUACUUCAUUGUCUGCGUUCAUGGCUGAAAUUCAGCAGUAAAGCACAUGAUUAAAUCAUAUCUAUGUUUCUUUUCUACAAGUUAAAUGCCACAUUGUUUGUGACUUCCCUUUUUGUGUUUCUUUUAAGUGCUUUAACAUGUCAC